UCACACGUAACUUUUUUUGCAGAGCCUUAAGACGCCGACGAAUAUGUUGAUCGUGAAUCUUGCCUUCUCGGAUUUCUGCAUGAUGGCCUUCAUGAUGCCCACUAUGACUGCUAAUUGUUUCUCUGAAACUUGGAUUCUCGGACCCUUGAUGUGUGAAAUAUACGGAAUGGUUGGCAGUCUCUUUGGCUGUGUUUCCAUCUGGUCUAUGGUGAUGAUUGCAUUCGACAGAUACAACGUCAUUGUAAGAGGCAUGUCUGCUGAACCUUUAACAUCCAAAAAGGCAGCAUUCCAGAUUCUCAUGGUCUGGGUAUGGUCUGGUGCCUGGACGAUUCUUCCAUUCUUCGGAUGGAACAGGUAUGUACCUGAAGGUAACAUGACCAGCUGCACUAUCGAUUAUUUGACCAAGGACUGGAGUUCAUCUUCCUACGUCAUCUUCUACGGAUUUUGGCUGUCUACUUCACACCUCUGCUCACCCUGAUCUACAACUACACUUUCAUUGUACGAUCCGUGUCUAACCACGAAAAACAACUGAGAGAGCAGGCC